AUGAGUAAGGUGAUCGUGAUCGGCUCGGCGGCCACGCUGGCCUUCAUCGUAUGCUCCCUGGUCACUAUGGUGUCGCUUCUGAAAGAGAUCUCCGACCUUCAACUCGAGGUCGAAGUCGGCAUGGAUGAGUUCAAGGGAAUCACCGAAGACACUUGGAGCCGUAUCAUCACCAAGCACGUAAACCCGACCGGAAGCUCUGACGCACCACCGGACUUUGGCACUCUGUUCGGACGUCGCCAGCAACGUGCAGCUGGCUUCCCCGACCAAUGCAACUGUGGCGCAAAGUCGAACGGUUGUCCAGCAGGACCCCCUGGACCACCUGGACCAAAGGGGCAUCCUGGAGAGCCCGGUGCAGAUGGCGAAGACGGUAGACCUGGUGCUCCGGGUGUUGCCCUCGCAGUCACUCAUGACAUUCCUGGUGGAUGUAUCACGUGCCCUGCAGGUCCGCCUGGACCACGUGGACCUCCUGGAGAACAAGGACCUCCCGGACCACCUGGAGCAUUCGGUCACCGCGGACCACCUGGUGCGCCUGGUCCCGUUGGAGAAAUGGGUCCACAAGGUGAUGAAGGACAACCGGGAGCACCUGGCCGUCCGGGACCACCCGGUCCUCCUGGAGAAGUUGGAACGCAGUACUCACAAGGUAUGCCCGGUCAUCCCGGUCCUCCAGGACCACGCGGUCCUCCGGGAGAACAAGGUCAGCCUGGAGCCCCCGGAAGCGACGGAAAGCCAGGUCCGCAAGGCCGCCCAGGUCACCCUGGAAAGGACGGACAUCCCGGCAGAAACGGCACACCUGGCCAGGUUCGUGAAAAGCUUUGCGUAUAUACAAGUCGAAAUAUUGAUGCAUUUUCUUGUUUCAGAGAGGAGAGAACGGAAAAACUGGGCCAGAUGCCGAGUACUGUCCAUGCCCACCGCGCCGAAAGCGCCGUCUGUAGACCGAUUGACUGUAGUCUUGCCAAACGUGGCUGCAUACAGUCUACUGAGAAUGAACAUUCUGCACACAUCCUGCUUGUUAAACAAAACAAGAGAAUACCAUUGACCUUCAUUGUCUGA